AGUUGAAAGAAGAAAGAUCUGUUUGUGUAACAAAUGCUGAAAAAGUCCUGGGACAUCUUUUUUUUUGUACAAAUUUGUCAUAAGGGUUUAUUGAAAAUAAAAAGAAUGACAAGAUACUGUAUUAAUCAUAAUCCAAAUGGACGAAAAUAGUCCAGUAGUAAUAUCAACUGAAAAACUAUAGAACAUUACGGAUGGAGUACUAAAAUCUUCAUUCUGUUCAUUUCAGCUCAUUGUAUAGGUUAUUAGAAAGAAAUAGUUCAGGUAGACAUGUGGCGCAUGUAAUCACUUGUCAGUUUGAAACAUGGGAACGAAUGUAAUAACUUCAGGUAUGCGCAAUAGCCCUUAAAGUUGUCCAUACAUACCUAAGGAUGUACAUAACAUAGCCAUUCCUGCAGGCACUUCACUCUUGCUUGAAUAUGCACACUUUUAUUACAGUGUAUUUCACUGAAUUCAUACAUCAAGGUUAAAUUUAAACAUUUGUGUGUGUUAAGUAGACUUGCCAAUUGACAACCAGUGAUGUGUAUUGCUUUAAUGCCAUUCCCAUUUUACUACUGAGGCGCUCCUUAAAAGAGCAAGUAAUGUGUAGCAGACUGAGCUUACUCUAUAAUUAUGAAAAUGUUGAAUAUUGUUUAUUGUAGGAGUUGUAUGGGAUAUGAGUUUGCCAUUUGUUGUGUGUACGUGCCUAAUACGUGCAAAUGAUACAUACUUCACAUUAAGUUUCCUACAUUUUCUUUCAUCAUUUCCUUGAUGGAUUAUUGGUUAGACCAGUUAGCUAUAACCUGUUCUUCAACUGAAAUGAAGACAUUCAAAAGAGCUGUCUUCAAUUUCUGAUGCAAACUACUUGUAACAAAUUGUUUCUUUAGUUUUGCAGGAAUUACUCAGUCACACAAAUUUUACCAUCAGAGUUGGAUCUGAUUUCUGUUAGAACUGCAUUCAUCAUGUUUUCGUCUGGACUUGGACCGAAACCCUGAUACUGUGAGAUCGUAAAUCAACAAUGAACCUUACCUCAGAUUUGUUGGACAUGAUGCUGAAGGCAUCAAACCUCUCUCGAUGGCAGUUCAUCCAACAAUACUCCAUCCCACCUCUGGUGGCUGUGCCCAGGCUCCCAUCUGCUCUGCUACCAGUAUUUGGUGUGCUCUAUGUGCUCAUCUUUGGACUUGCUGUCAUUGGAAAUGGGGCUGUGCUGGUUCUCAUGUGCCGUAAGAAAGCGCUGCAGUCUCCAAGCACUUUCUUCAUCUGCUCGCUGGCACUCAGUGAUCUGCUUAUUGGCAUCGUGUGUGUGCCUGCAUCCCUGCUGCAACACUUCUUUAAAAACUGGCUGGCAGGCAACUUCCUGUGCAAGCUGGUCCCCUUUCUCCAAGUGACCGCCAUAGCAACCAGCAUCCUGACCAUGACUUGUAUCGCUGUGGAGCGUUUCCAGGGGAUCUUGUAUCCUCUUCAUAUCCGCAACAACUACAUCCUUCACAGCUCCAUCAUAAUGCUUGUGGCCGUGUGGAUAGUCGCGCUGGCAAUUGCAGCUCCCAUGUGGUUUGUCCAGAAAGUACAGGUGAAAUACGACUUUCUGUUUGAUGUUCACCACACCAGUUGUCUGGAGGUGUGGCCAAGCCAGCAGUGGAGGCGGAGUUACACCGUAUGCCUAUCAGUGAUGGUUUUUCUGGUCCCAAUGGUGACCAUGGCUAUCCUGUAUGGGAAGAUCAUGAGGGAACUGUGGGGCAAACACCGCAUUCACGAGGCUGUGUUCCAAACACUGCCAGGGUCGGAGAUCAACAAGAUCACCAGGAGGAAGAGGAGGGCAGUGAAGAUGAUGGCCACGGUGGUGCUUCUGUUCGGUGCUUGCUGGGCUCCAUUUCACCUUGUAUCACUGCUGCUGGACUACGAAAAGCUGAACCUGGACCUGGACUCAGAGUUUCUCUUGCUUAGCUUGGUGCAGAUCCUGGGCUUCAGCAACUCCGUCUGCAACCCAGUGGUCUACGCCGCCCUCAACACCAACUUCAAGAGGGAUUUGCUGGCGCUCCUGACGCACAGGUGGAUACCCUGUUUCUGGAGAAAGCAGGCCCGAGUUGGAGUCUCCGUCACGGAACCGAGGACCACCACGGAGAGGAUGGAGAGGAGAGUCAGGGUCCAGCCAUGGAGCAAAGUGGCCUGGGAUGCAGAAAAUGGUGAGGCACCAGUAACAAAUGGAGUGAGGUCGGAAUCCUUUAACCCCAUGAACCUGCUCGGUGCCAUUUGGCCCAGUAGCAACUCGGGCACCGUCAUUCUGAACGUCACUGACCCCGUGCACAUGGAUGCUACGUACAGAUCAGAUCAGAAGACGGCAGGAAUUCCGAGUGGAUAAAUCUCUAGAGGAGGAGGUGUGAAAAGAUGUCACUGCAAAAAUAACACUACAGCCAAGAGAGACAAUGAAAGUCUGUCAUGCCAAAACCAAAUGUACAAAAAUCCGUCUACUUGGCAAAAUUAUGUAUUUUUUUUAAUGUAGCAGGAAAGCAGCUCUCUACACUAAAUGGUACUUUAUACAGCAGUCAAUCAAGCUGUGAUUUUCAGUCUUGGCUCGGAUAAACUGUCACCAUAUUGAGAUUCUCAUGAGAAAGAUUGCGUCUCUGACACAUUUUGGCUGACUGUUUGGCCAAGAAAGACAGAAAUGAUGAAAUAAUGAUAAAGCCAUCAUCCCUAAUCUGAGUGAAGCAACUUCUGCUGAGAUUUCCUUAACAUUUCAGUGGAAAUCCAUAUACCAAGUAUUUCUUAGGACUCAAAAGAUCCAACUGAUCUAUUCAUGUAAUGUUCAGUGUGUCCGAGACACCGGAUACACCAUCGUCAUUAAAGCAGAUCGCUGCAUUCAUGAUUUUCAUACAUUUGACUCCUGAUUCCAGAUGCAAAAAGAAAGCAGACCUUGUUCACUUUUUCCCCCACUGUCUCAAACACCAUGCAAAGGUAAACAGUCAGUGCAGGGAUCUAUACUUCUUUUCUGAACACUCCAAAGCUACAAAUUCAUUUCACUUCUGAAGCAGCUUUAUCCUUGUCAGGAAUACACUGUGGAUCCAGGAUGACGGACCACAAGGAGGUAUUACGCUAACGAUGGGUUGCCAGAUCAUCGCAUGUUUACAGUACACAUAGCGACAUGGGAUAAAGCCCAUGGACAAUCCACAUAAACAGUGACCCCACACUCAGGAUCAAACCCCGGGACUCUGCUGCUCUGCAGUGCCUUCUGCAAAAAAACAUAAAGCUUGGGAAUUCCUAAAGAAGAGUUCUCAAACAGGGCUUUAUCGAAAUCUUCAAAUAUCAAACACAACCAUUGCCUGUGAAAUCUCUUAAUAGUGUCUAUUGUAUUAUAUGCACCUUGUUUUUAUCUCUGUAUUGCAUUUACGGCAAAAAAAAAAAAGGCUGUUCUUUGUGUGAGGUCACUGUGCAAACCUAAAUUACACUGGACUUUGGAACAAAAGCUACAUUAUAGAAAUAAUUUCCUGCUUUUGCAACACUGUCGGACCAUAGUGUCUGCCACAAUAACAUCGAAGCUAAUCAUUUAACAUAGGGACCCAUCUAGAGGCAAAUUUUCAGACAAUCGCAGAUGCUGAGCCGAAUAAAUGAUUCUUUAAAGGUUAAAGGUUUAGUCAGAACUAGUGAACUAAUAAUGAUACUAAUAGGAGGAGGAAUGGAGGAUAAAUCUGCUUAAAAAACUAAUCAAUGCGCACUGGUUAUAAGAUUUGUCCACAGUCUCCACUGCCUCUCUAUGUCUGCUUCUUUUCUGAUUGAAUGCUCAAGAUUGUGUCUCUAGCGAUCACUGAAGUUUCUACCUGAUACAGAUCCUACAACAUGCCAUGAAUAGUUGCAUUGUGUUGUGCACAGUGGGAAUGCAAAAUAUGUUGUGAUAUAGACGUCAAUGUCAUUCAGUGUGCUCGUCUCUUGAAGGGGUUUGAUCUCUAUGACCACUACAUGAUGACGUGCCGGGUCUACAGUCCUCAAGAUGCUGGUAUUCCUUUCUCCUGGUCUGCAGUUCUUGUAUAAUCUGACCUUGUUCGAUGUUGCAUAGGUUCUUCAGGUUCCCUUCAGGUUGCUUAAGGGCUUUUGACACUUGAAAUAGUUGAUCCUGGGUCAUAAUAGAAACCCGGGUAAACAGAAUCCUGGGUUAUCUUGUUUCGUAGUUCAUAAUCUGACCU